GUGUGUGUCUGUCUCCCUAACUCACAGUAAAGUAAAUUUAAGUAAGGUGAAGUAAACUAAACAGCCAUACUUAGGCGAUUCAACCGUGUUAAGUAUAUUGUUGUAUACCUGUACUGUCUAUAUUAACCUGGCCAUCUCCCGUUUAGUGAAAGAUCGUCAGCCAGGCUCUGAUUGGUUGACAUAGAUGACGUCAUAUUGGUCAAAUUAGUAAACACAUUGUCUCAACUUACAAGGGAUAAUCCGGAUUCAAGAUGGAUUACUACACGAACGCAAGACCAAGGGAUCGUUCUUUUAACCUGACGAUAUUUGUACUUAUUUCUGCACUUAUAUGGUGUCAAACAGAGGGACUAGACUGCUUCAAGUGUGGGUCAAUCAAUGGGUCAGAUCCGCACUGUAUCGACCCAUUUCACCAUAACUUCUCCAGCAGCUAUCUCUCGUCUCCCUGUCUCGCCGGCUGGAAAGAGAGACAGGGUUUGUUCCCAGCCACUCACUGCGUCAAGCUCUCGGGUUAUUUCUAUGAUACAACAGAGGCCAUGGUUGUUAGAGGUUGUACUACAGACUCUGGGACGCUCACUAUUGACACGGAAUUAGCCAGGCAAAGUCACUGUGGUAUGUUUACUUACAAUGACCGGUAA